CAGGUGGGUUUGUUGCUCGAGGACUGAGACUAAUUUCAGUAAAUGAAGGAGAUUCAGUCACUCUAUUCUCUGAUCUUACUGAAAUGAAGGAUGAUGAUUGGAUUCAGUGGAUGUUUAGGUUUGGAAAAGAACACACUUUAAUAGCUGAAAUCAAUGUAACAGACGACAGAAUCACUGUAUAUGAUGAUGUUCUUGACGGGAGAUUCAGAAACAGACUGAAGCUGAACAAUCAAACUGGAUCUCUGACCAUCACAAACACCACAACUCAACAUGCUGGACGUUAUGAACUACUGACCAACCAUGUGAGAAAUAGAUUCAGUCUCACUGUCUAUGCUCGUCUGCCUGUUCCUGUCAUCAGCCGGGUCUCUUCAGAAUGUUCUUCAUGUUCAGUUGUGUGUUCGGCUGCGGAUGUGAGAAAUGUGACUCUCUCCUGGUACAAAGGAAACAGUUUAUUGACCAGCUUCAGAGUGUAUGGUCUCAGCAGUGACAUUUCUUUACGUCUCUGGGUGGAAAAUCAAGAUAAAAACACGUACAGCUGUGUGCUUAACAAUCCCAUCAGCCACCAGACUGUUCAUGUCAACAUCACUCAACUCUGUCACACGUGUGAUGGUACGUCAAUAUCAGUAUUCACAUGUAUAUCCACUUAUACUUGA